GGUCAUCCAACUCGGAAUUCCAAGGCGGAAAUUUGGGCGUCUUUCUAGAGUUCCGUCUUUCCGACUGACGUCCUGAUUUGACCAGUUUCAUACGAGCUACCAGUAGUCUAGAAAGCGCCAUACAUUCGGAGCUACGCUAGUGUACAAGUUUGUCGGUAAUAUUACAGCAACAAAGCCAUCGGGAUGCGGGGAGGCAAACUGCUACUGACUAUCACAUGAGUGAUCUUAUUUAACGGUAUUUCUCCGGUAUAGGCUAAGCGGUAGAGACUACUUUUUUUUUAAAUAACAGACAAAAAUAUUAGACAAUAGGAUAAAUAGAUCAUAUUUUGCUGACUUGAAAAGUCAACACGCUUUCUGUCAGCAACAAUGGAAUUUAGUUUUAUAUUGCUUAUUCUCUUCACGUUUCUUACUAUUAUUCUGGUGACUACAUUGUUCAGUAACAACGAUUCUACUGCCUCUGCCUCGUCCUCUGGCUCUGCUGCAUCCAAAGCAGAUCACUCAGGGGAGGAGGGCUCUUUGGCGCAGUCCGUGAGAGAGGAGGUAAAAGCCGGAUUAGUUAAAACAGGACCGUCGGUAAAUCUUACGGAGCAACAGGGGACAGUAGCAGGGCUAACCUCUACGAACAAACCGGAGGAGGACAGUCAACGCCGAUUCGUGGGGAAGAUAACGGACCCGGUGGCAGCAGACAGAAGGACAGUUGGGGAGGAGGGGCUGCACGCUGCUGAAGUUAGGAUCCAUGAUGCCACGAACGAGGAAAAUAUUAAAUCUGGCAUUAUGGUAAUAUAAUGUUCUGUAUUAGUAGCCUAUCUAAUAUGUUUGAUUAUAAUAUUAUUGAUAUAUUAUCAGAAUACACCGUUUCUCACCUUGGUCAGGAAGGUAUUGCAGGUAAGACGCAUGAUAGGCAGCUUUUGAACCAAGGUGACCCUAUUUGCUGCACAGCCAACUAAAUUACAUGAUCACACAGAUAGGCUACAGAGCCGAGGCCAAUACAUCACAAAUGUCAUAUUUAUCUGGUAGAGUACCUCUAAUUUAAUGAGCCAUGCCUUGCUGCAAGUAGCCUACAAGCAUGCCUCAAUGAUUUGCUGAAGUGCACAGUGGGUGGCAGUCCAGUCCACUGUGUCAGACUGGCUGAACCAUCACCAUAGAUACUGAGAAGAAACAGUCGGCUGUCAGCAACUUGGAGAGACGGAAAGAGAAAGGGAGCAUGAGCUAUGUAAUUGAUUUACACAACACAGGCUUUGACUGGCAUGAAAAUACUUCAGCAGCACAACAUAUAGGAUGGUCUAGUCCAGGGUUCCCGAAGGCCGAAUUUGGCACGCGGGUGAUUUUAUUUGAUCCCCCAAGUUUUCUGAGCAAAAAAAAAUUAAAAAGUCCAAGUGAUUUAAAUUUUGGAAAUCUGUUCCAAAGUAUUCCCAUGCAUAGAGAGAUAUACACUGUGUAUACAAAACAUUAAGAACUCAUGCUCUUUCCAUGACAUUUUGCCAUGAGGCUGAGAGAGAAAUUUGUUUUAAUGCUAAUUUAUGCUAUCCGAGUGACUCAAACAUUAUAACAAAAUCAAUGGAGGCCCCCAUGCCAUGCCAAAAAUACUCCUGAAUGCAUCAUUUUAAAAAUUUUAGAUUCUCUGACUUUCUAGCUUUUAUUUUGUUGAUUGUUAGCUUUACAUACUUUAUAUCUGGGUUUAGUCGUUUAAGUUUAAACUGAACAUGUUUUUCCAUUCCAAUUUUUGAUUUAAAAAAAUAAUUUUUGGGGACAUAGGCAGCUCGAAAUAACACUUAGGCAGCCCGCCCAAGACUUUUCUAUGCAGAAAAAAACAGGAUUUGUAUAUGAUCACAUACACUUUACAUACAAAACAUUAGGAACACCUUCCUAAUAUUGAGGUACAACCCCUUAAAAAAAAUAAAAGGUAAUUGUGUUUUCAAGCCACAGUAAUGCACUUUAGACCAAAUCUUCAUCAGCGCCCAAUGAGGAUGCAUUGAAUAGAAUGCUCAGUUGAGCAUCAGUCCUAAAACGAAUGUUCAAAACAAUAUUUUGAUGCAACGUGCAACCAAUGAAUUAAAUUACUAGAGGGGCUAUGUCAUAAACCCUCAAAGUUCCAGAAUGGUGUGAAAAUGCCAGCCAUAUUGGUCAGGGAGAAAUCCAAACCAGUCUACUUGGAAUGAAUGGCAGUAGAGGCAUAAUCCUGAUUUUAGUAAGAUGUGAUAUAUCAGAAAUGGUGUAAUAAAAUUGUCAACCUAAAAUAUUGUCAUAAUUAUAAGUACAGUUUGAGUGGGUUUUAUACAAAAUGUCUGUAUAAAUAGCCUCUAAAAUAUAUGUUAACAUACCAUAAAUGUCUCAAUUUGAGUUUUUUGGAAAGCUGUGAGUGCUAUUAUAUGACGCAAAUUCAGCACUUGUGGCAUAUACAACUUGUCUUUGUCCUAUCAUCAACUGAUUUCAGUCAGUGUAUGGCUGUGGAUUGACUACAAUGUUUGAAUGGAAUGUUGGCAUAUUGGCAGUUAAUUUAAAACAUUUAUUGAAUCAUUCCUGUCUGGCUAGCUAGUUAACAAACAUACGGUGCAGAUACAUUCUUCAAAUUCAUUAUUUUACACAAUAUCAAAUCAAAUUGUAUUGGCCACAUGCGCCGAAUACAACAGGUGUAGACAUUACAGUGAAAUGCUUACUUACAGCCCCUAACCAGCAAUGCAUUAAUUUUUUUAUAAAAAAAGUAAAAUAAAACAACAACAAAAAAGUGUUGACAAAAAAAGAGCAGAAGUAAAAAAAAAAAAAUAACAGUAGGGAGGCUAUAUAUACAGUGAGGCAAAAAAGUAUUUGAUCCCCUGCUGAUUUUGUACGUUUGCCCACUGACAAAGACAAGAUCAGUCUAUAAUUUUAAUGGUAUGAUAAUUUGAACAGUGAGAGACAGAAUAACAACAAAAAAAUCCAGAAAAACGCAUGUCAAAAAUGUUAUAAAUUGAUUUGCAUUUUAAUGAGGGAAAUAAGUGUUUGACCCCUCUGCAAAACAUGACUUGUUGGCAAUCACAGAGGUCAGACGUUUCUUGUAGUUGGCCACCAGGUUUGCACACAUCUCAGGAGGGAUCUUGUCCCACUCCUCUUUGCAGAUCUUCUCCAAGUCAUUAAGGCUUCGAGGCUGAUGUUUGGCAACUCAAACCUUCAGCUCCCUCCACAGAUUUUCUAUGGGAUUAAGGUCUGGAGACUGGCUAGGCCACUCCAGGACCUUAAUGUGCUUCUUCUUGAGCCACUCCUUUGUUGCCUUGGCCGUGUGUUUUGGGUCAUUGUCAUGCUGGAAUACCCAUCCAUGACCAAUUUUCAAUGCCCUGGCUGAGGGAAGGAGGUUCUCACCCAAGAUUUGACGGUACAUGGCCCCGUCCAUCGUCCCUUUGAUGCGGUGAAGUUGUCCUGUCCCCUUAGCAGAAAAACACCCCCAAAGCAUAAUGUUUCCACCUCCAUGUUUGACGGUGUGGAUGGUGUUCUUGGGGUCAUAGGCAGCAUUCCUCCUCCUCCAAACACGGCGAGUUGAGUUGAUGCCAAAGAGCUCGAUUUUGGUCUCAUCUGACCACAACACUUUCACCCAGUUUUUCUCUGAAUCAUUCAGAUGUUCAUUGGCAAACUUCAGACGGGCCUGUAUAUGUGCUUUCUUGAGCAGGGGGACCUUGCGGGCGCUGCAGGAUUUCAGUCCUUCACGGCGUAGUGUGUUACCAAUUGUUUUCUUGGUGACUAUGGUCCCAGCUGCCUUGAGAUCAUUGACAAGAUCCUCCCGUGUAGUUCUGGGCUGAUUCCUCACCGUUCUCAUGAUCAUUGCAACUCCACGAGGUGAGAUCUUGCAUUGAGCCCCAGGAUGAGGGAGAUUGACAGUUCUUUUGUGUUUCUUCCAUUUGCGAAUAAUCGCACCAACUGUUGUCACCUUCUCACCAAGCUGCUUGGUGAUGGUCCUGUAGCCCAUUCCAGCCUUGUGUAGGUCUACAAUCUUGUCCCUGACAUCCUUGGAGAGCUCUUUGGUCUUGGCCAUGGUGGAGAGUUUGGAAUCUGAUUGAUUGAUUGCUUCUGUGGACAGGUGUCUUUUAUACAGGUAACAUGCUUAGAUUAGGAGCACUCCCUUUAAGAGUGUGCUCCUAAUCUCAGCUUGUUACCUGUAUAAAAGACACCUGGGAGCCAGAAAUCUUUCUGAUUGAGAGGGGGUCAAAUACUUAUUUCCCUCAUUAAAAUGCAAAUGAAUUUAUAACAUUUUUGACAUGUGUUUUUCUGGAUUUUGUUGUUGUUAUUUUGUCUCUCACUGUUCAAAUAAACCUACCAUUAAAAUUAUAGACUGAUCAUUUCUUUGUCAGUGGGCAAACGUACAAAAUCAGCAGGGGAUCAAAUACUUUUUUCCCUCACUGUACAGGGGGGUACCGGUGCAGUGUCAAUGUGCGGGGGCACCGGCUAGUUGAGGUAAUAUGUACAUGUGGGUAGAGUUAAAGUGACUAUGCAUAAAUAAUUAACAGAGUAGCAGCAGCGUAAAAAGGGCAGUGCAAAUAGUUCGGGUAGUCAUGAUUAGCUGUUCAGGAGUCUUAUGCCUUGGGGGUAGAAGCUGUUGAGAAGUCUUUUGGACCUAAACUUGGCACUCCGGUACCGCUUGCCGUGCGGUAGCAGAGAGAACAGUCUAUGACUAGGGUGGCUGGAGUCUUUGACAAUUUUGAGGGCCUUCCUCUUACACCGCCUGGUAUAGAGGUCCUGGAUGGCAGGAAGCUUGGCCCCAGUAAUGUACUGGGCCGUACACACUACCCUCUGUAGUGCCUUGUGGUCGGAGGCAGAGCAGUUGCCAUACCAGGUGGUGAUGCAACCAGUCAGGACGCUCUCGAUGGUGCAGCUGUAGAAUUUUUUGAGGAUCUGAGGACCCAUGCCAAAUCUUUUCAGUCUCCUGAGGGGGAAUAGGCUUUGUUGUGCCCUCUUCACGACUGUCUUGGUGUGUUUGGACCAUGAUAGUUUGUUGGUGAUGUGGACACCAAGGAACUUGAAGCUCUCAACCUGUUCCACUACAGCUCUGUCGAUGAGAAUGGGGGCGUGCUCAGUCCUCUUUUUUUUUUCCUGUAGUCCACAAUCAUCUCCUUUGUCUUGGUCACGUUAAGGGAGAGGUUGUUAUCCUGGCACCACACGGCCAGGUGUCUGACCUCCUCCCUAUAGGCUGUCUCAUCGUUGUCGGUGAUCAGGCCUACCUCUGUUGUGUCGUCGGCAAACUUAAUGAUGGUGUUGGAAUCGUGCCUGGCCAUGCAGUCAUGGGUGAACAGGGAGUACAGGAGAGGACUGAGCACGCACCCCUGAGGGGCCCCCAUGUUGAGGAUCAGUGUGGCAGAUGUGUUGUUACCUACCCUUACCACCUGGGGGCGGCCCGUCAGGAAGUCCAGGAUCCAGUUGCAGAGGGAGGUGUUUAGUCCCCGGAUCCUUAGCUUAGUGAUGAGCUUUGAGGGCACUAUGGGGUUGAAUGCUGAGCUGUAGUCAAUGAAUAGCACUCUCACGUAGGUGUUCCUCUUGUCUAGGUGGGAAAGGGCAGAUUGCAUCAUCUGUGGAUCUGUUGGGGCGGUAUGCUAAUUGGAGUGGGUCUAGGGUUUCUGGGAUAAUGGUGUUGAUGUGAGCCAUGACCAGCCUUUCAAAGCACUUCAUGACUACAGACGUCAGUGCUACGGGUCGGUAGUCAUUUAGGCAGGUUAUCUUAGUGUCCUUGGGCACGGGGACUAUGGUGGUCUGCUUGAAACAUGUUGGUAUUACAGACUCAGUCAGGGACAUGUUGAAAAUGUCAGUGAAGACACUUGCCAGUUGGUCAGCACAUGCUCGGAGUACACGUCCUGGUAAUCCGUCUGGCCCUGCGGCCUUGUGAAUGUUGACCUGCUUAAAAGUCUUACUCACAUCGGCUACGGAGAGCGUGAUCACAUAGUCAUCCGGAACAGCUGGUGCUCACAUGCAUGCUUCAAUGUUGCUUGCCUCGAAGUGAGCAUAUAAGUGGUUUAGCUCGUCUGGAAGUCUUGUGUCACUGGGCAGCUCGCGGCUGUGCUUCCCUUUGUAGUCUGUAAUAGUUUUCAAGCCCUGCCACAUCCGACCGGUGUAGUACGAUUCAAUCUUAGUCCUGUACUGACUCUUUGCCUGUUUGAUGGUUCGUCGGAGGGCAUAGCGGGAUUUCUUAUAAGCGUCUUAUCAAAGCACUAGCAAAUCAUGGUUGACCAACUCCUUGACCGAAAUGGCUGACCUUUAUCCCAUCAUAAGAAGGUUCAUGUCCAUGCUAGUAAUUCUAUGGUGGCUCCACUCUAUGGCAGAGAAAAACAUAUGUUUUAAAGUACAUUUACUGCAAUUUGACACAUUUUGCCAUGGGGCUUAGAGAAAAUGUAGCAGUUUUAAAGCAAGUUUUCUGCAGUUCUACACAUUUUGCCAUUGGGCGGAGAUAAAUCUUUGCAAUUUUAUAACACAUUUCCGUAAGCGACCACUUAUGCUGCUUGUGCCUGGAGCCGGCCCGGAGUCCAAUGUUUCUCAACCUCACUUUCUCCUUCCAUCUCUCUCUGUCUCUCUUCCUCUCUCUCUGUCUCUCUUCCAUCUCUCUCUGUCUCUCUUCCAUCUCUCGCUGUCUCUCUUCCUCUCUCUCUGUCUCUCUUCCAUCUCUCUCUGUCUCUCUUCCAUCUCUCUCUGUCUCUCUUCCAUCUCUCUCUGUCUCUCUUCCUCUCUCUCUGUCUCUCUUCGAUCUCUCUCUGUCUCUCUUCCUCUCUCUCUGUCUCUCUUCGAUCUCUCUCUGUCUCUCUUCCUCUCUGUCUCUCUUCCCCUCUCUCUGUCUCUCUUCUUCUCUCUCUGUCUCUCUUCCUCUCUCUCUGUCUCUCUUCCAUCUCUCUCUGUCUCUCUUCCUCUCUCUCUUAAUCUCUGACAGUCUGACCAACAGUGCUGGACCUCAAACCCUGCCUCAGCGGCGGUGGACAUUCAAGGAAGAGACUUUGGUCACCUACAGUUCCCUGAGGGGUGGUCAUUACUGUGUCCUUUCUCCCACCAACAGACAGGGGGCGCCACAGAGAGCCCGGAGGACAGCAACUGUGAGUAAGCUAACAUGCUGACCACACCGCUCGCGUCGCGUGCGCGAGCGUUGCAAAAUAAAUCUACACAUACAUGUUAUUCAAUCAUUUCAUCCAAACUGCUCGCGUGCGUCAACGAGCGUUUGCGUAGCCAGGCACUAUAAUAGAACUUGGUUCUAUUUGUGACACUUGACGCGCUGCAAGUCCCGCCUCUCCCAUCUCCUCACUGGUUUUUAGGAGCAUAUACCCACGUGGGUGAUUGAAAGAUGAACUGAGGUCCACACUCCAGUCCAGUUGGUGGUGGUAAUGCACCUUAAAGUUGGUUGCCAACCGCCAUAUAAAGUCCAAAGAAGAAGAAGCCUGAAGGAGGAGAGAUUACUAGAAACAAACUCGGUUUACCCUUUUAUCUGUGGAUUAAUUGUCGGAGUAGAGGACCUUGUGCAUUUCAGGUAAAAUAACAACCCAAUGUUUAUAUCCCAGGACAAAUUAGCUAGCAACAGCAAGCUAUCUAGCUAAAUUGACAUAAAUGUUUAAUGCUUUUCGACCUGUCCCCAAAUUAAUAUAGUUGGUUCAGAGUUCGUUUUGAUAUUUCAACCUGCGUGUCCUGAUCGCGUCUGGUGUUUGUGGACAAAAUCAACAUGCACGCGAUGGCGCACGUGCAAGCGGUCUGGUCAGAAUGUAAUGCUUUAAUCACUGUGGAUGGAGCAGUGGCCACCAACUUCGGUGCCAUUGACCUACACAAUGUGCCAGCUUUUGUUUCAGCCUAGCAAAAACACACCUGAUUUCAGCUAAUCAAGGCCUUGGUGAUCAGUUGAUCAGUAGAGUCAGGUGUGUUAGUGUUGGCUGGAAUAAAAGCCUGCAUAACAUGUAGCUCUUCAGGAGUAGGGCUGGUGACUGACCACUGUGAUUCCAACAGCACCAACUGAUUAUUUUUCUCUCAGCAGAUAUGGAAGAAGUGGACGCAGAACAUGCGCCCAUGAAAUACGCCCCCCGGACCAGCCAGAUGAAGAAGAUGAUAACCAAAGAGGAGCUGGAGGAGGAACAGAGGUCAGUGCUGGACUGGGCAGCAUCUCAAUACUCUGACGUGGCUUCCUCUGCUAUUCUCCUCUCCUUUCCACUUAUUUAAGUGCCUCUGCUUACCAGCAGUAACUGGCCGUACCCGAAUACCCAUACUUGCGUUCUAAAUAGUAGGCUUUUUGGGUAUGCGAAAAUAUAAAGUUUUAUAGGAUGUGAGAUUUCGAAAAUGUAGUAUACUUUAAAUGCCAGGAUGCCAUACUCAUUUCAGAUUUUCAUCUAGUAGAAUUUGCUUCACACUAUUGAGGAAGACAAUCGUCUUUUGAGACCCACGUGCGUUUGACAACAGCUUAUUAUCAGAAUAGUGGAUGCGCUCUACCAAAAUGAACAAGUGGCGGGGGAACUAGCGCGAUUAUGCAUUACAUGACGCCUUCUCAGUAUGGAUGAGCUUAGAAUGUUCAUCUUUGUUGCUUACUGCAUACAUUUUUACUAAAAAGUAUGUUCUAAAUACUAUGUAGUACGAUUAGUACACAGUAUGUAGUUUUCAGAUUUAGUAGGCAAGACAGAUUUCGGACACGGUCACUGUAAAUAGUCUUUCCAACUCAGUUUAACCCUCUCCUGUCCAGUGUCCUCUUCUACCUUACAGCCCCUCUCCCUCUCUCCAAGCGUCAGUGUGUGUCAGUGAGUGUUGUCUCUGUGAGGUGACUUUGCUUAGCAGUUGCUUCUAUCCACGGCACCACUGGGGACUUAGGACUGACCAGGGAUCAGAAAGAAAGAAAGAAAGAAAGAAAGAAAGAAACCCCCCCCACGAGUUGUGGGAGAAACACAAAUCAGACCUUGGAUCAGUGUUUUACUCCAGCAGAAACCCAGGCUUCCUAUUCAGAGACCCACCCAGGCAUGGUGUCUUGUCUGUAACAUCUGUGUCCUGCUGUUUAUUUCUGCAGGGUAGAGUUCACCACUGACUUUACCUCUCUGUAAGACCCUCGGACAGACCGACAGACAUGCAGACAGACAGGGGUUGUAGUAAAAGCAUGGUAAAGUAUGAACAAAUCAUUUGCCCUAAUUCAUUAGCGACGUCAUUGCCUGACCAUGCUAGGACGGAUGGAUGUGCUUAAACUCUAACCUCCGAUGUGAUUUUGAAACUUAAUCUAAUCUAAACUGACACCAAAAAGCAAAGGUAUUUUCAAAGGUAUUCCGUUUUGAAGCCCAUUGUCUUUUCUAGCAUGGACAUCUAGUGACCUACCAUCUAGUGACCUACCAUCUAGUGACCUACCAUCUAGUGACCUACCAUCUAGUGACCUACCAUCUAGUGACCUACCAUCUAGUGACCUACCAUCUAGUGACCUACCAUCUAGUGACCUACCAUCUAGUCCCCUGCCCCCGUCCCAUAUACCCAUGUCCUUCAUGCUCCUCAAACCAACACCACAUGGAUGCAGCCCCCCUCCUCCUCCUCUUCCUCUUCCCUGCUCCAUCCCCCCAGCUCCCCUGAGGCCGUUGCCAUGGUUCCCAGGUGUUGAGUACAAAUCAGGUGUUUCUCAGUGGUAGGUAAGGUGUUGAUUGUUUUUUUGUUGUUGUUUUUUUCUUAUUUUUUUUUAUAGGGGGUAGAUCAGCUUUAAUAUUGCAGAUAGAUUGUAGGUUCCAUCAAUGUAAUUGUCUGCAUCACUUCCAAUCCCCCAUAUGCUUUUUUUCUCUCGCAUAUAUAUAUAUAUAUAUACAUACAUACAUAUAUGCAUAUACAUACAUAUAUAUAUAUAUAUAUAUAUAUAUACACACAUACCCUUUAAAAAAUAAAAUAUUCCCUUUAUUACUUUCCAAGGGGUUGAUUGGGACUUAACUGUCACCUGUGUGUCUCUAGUGAUCACCUCAGACCGCAGGCCAGAUUUUGCUCACACCAUAUUCACUGUUCUGUGUUUCUUAGCUGGGUUGGGAGAGACUAUAAAGACACUGAUGACCUGCAAAACGAACAACCAAAAUCCAAAACAUAACCUUAACCUAAUUUUAACCAAUUCUGAAAUUAAAUGUUGGUUUGCAGAUAAGGAGUGUCCGUAUAGCUUUUUCUAUCUGGGCUGUACCGUCAUCUAGCUUUGCUGACCUAGGUUCAGAAUUUUUAUCAUGAACCACUUGUCGUUAACCAUCUGUGCAUGUAUGUAGACUAGAGUUUGUUUAAGUCGCUCUGAAUAAGAGCGUCUGCUAAAUGACGUAAAUGUUUAAAAACCAGCCUCUGUCGCUCUGGGCUCUAUCUCUAUCAUUGGCCAGGUGAGGGCAGCAGAGUGGAGACUCAGAUUUGUUUACCUGUGUGUUUUUCCAAGGGUGCAACAGGAGCAGCUGGCAGCCAUCUUCCAGCUGCUGAAGGAGAACCAGGAGACGUUUGGGGAGGUGUCAGAGGGAGACGUGGAGGAGCAACUCAGACUCUACUCCAUCUAA